AUGGGGACAGGGCUACGCAGCCAGUCCUUGCGAGGACCACGGCCCUCCUAUAGCAAGCUCCAGGAGCCCUGCGGGAGGCCCCUGGCAGGCCAACUGCGCCGGGCGCUGAGCCUCAGACAGGGUUGUGAGAAGUCCAGGUCCUCAGACGGAGGCCCAGAAAGGCUGGACGCCCCCGGGCAGGAGCAACUGCCAGGGAGCCUGGGGGACACAGAGCAGCUGAUCCAAGCCCAGCAAGAAGGCAGCCGGUGGUGGCUGAGGCAAUAUCAACAGAAGAUAAGGAGAAGGUGGGAGAGCUUUGUCACCAGGUUCCCCAGCGUGACCCUGAGCCAGUCGGCCUCUCCACAGCCCUCGCUGGGCACCACCAGCUAAGGAUGCUAGCAGCGGUGUGGGUCCUCGCUGCACCUGGAGGAGACGGCAUGACCUACCUCUUCGUGGCCCUCUGGACUGUGAAUGGAGUGACCUCCUCUGCGUGGACUGUUCCCCUUCCUUACGUGGCCCGUUGAGGCCUCUGUCACCAGGACAGAGCUCAGUGAAGCCAGACCCGUGGCUGAGAGCCUCUGGCGCAUCACCUGGUCACAGGGCCCCAGCCGCCCU